GGAGUCCACUUGACAAAAGACAGCCAUUAUCAAAUAAUGCAAAGAAGUGGAAGAUGCAUCGACAGAAGUCGUAAUAAAUGCUUCAAAGCGACGACCAAACACUUAAGUACUGCAAAUAGAUUAUGUCUAGAGGGCCACCUCAUCGAUUCAUCCCAGGCUCAGACAGACUCCGUGGAUAUCGUUCCCGUUAUAACGAAUAUCUCGGGCCUCAUGAUACCAUGUAUGGAGGUCGAGAUGGGCCACACCCAAUGUCACCGUAUAAACAUCCACGGCGCUUGAGUGAAGGGGAUGUAAGAACGCAGUCAGGGGGAUUUAAAAACUUCUCACCUGGCUUUCAUAUGCCAAGCUUUAGAUGCCAGUAUUUACAGGAAUUUGGUCUGGGUAACUACAAUGAUUUCAGCUCUGUCAGUGAUGACAGUCUGAUGCAGGACAAGGAUAAAGAGAAAACAGCAAGCCUCAAAAGGAAAGAAUCUGACAAGGCUGCUGGUGCAGAGAAGAAAAAACGACGUCUUUUUGAAGAUGGGCCCAGCACAACCCAACCAGACCAAAACUCUUCUCCAAAACCACAACUAAAGCCAUCACCUCAGCUUUCACCGGCAACAACAACAUCACCAUCAUCACAAGAAUUAUCAACAUCAUCAUCGCAAGAAUUAUCGAAAUCAUCUGAAACAAAACCUCCUAUACCCAAACUGCCUGAGCCAUCAGGGAAUCAAGAACAGGGAGGAAAUGACAGAAAACCAUCCUUAGAUACAAAGGAGUCUACAACUGCCCCAGUAGUYGAGGAAAUUUCUCCAGUAAAACCAGAAAAGCAAGGUCCAACAUGCUCUGAAGAGGAAAGCGGUAACAAAGAGAACAAAUCAAUCAGCAGUUUAACAAAAGAAGAUCUGAUACAAAGUAUGGAGAAGUUGGACAGAGAUAUCACCCAAACAGACUUGCAGAUAGCUAAUCUGAAGAAGAAAAAGCAACAGUUAGAAGAAGAAGCAGCAAAAGCCUUAGUUGAACCUCCCAAAGCACCAUCACCUCCUCCAGAACUCAAAGUUAAAAGUUUAGUUCAAACGAUUUAUGAGGAGAACAGAAAAAAGGCUCAGAUGGCUCAUGCUCAACUUGCUAAACUAGGUUUUCCACUACCAGAUGGAAAGCCCCUCUACAAUCAGCCAUCAGAUCUUCCUAUUUACCAUGAAAACUUAAGGAGGGCUCCGUUUGUCAAAGCAAAACUUGUGAAGUAUUUUCAACUUCGAAGACAAGCAAAGGAGAUUAAAAAUCGUCAAUUAUGUAAAAAGUAUAAAACAUUAAAGAGAGUAUGGGUCAAGAAAAUGGAGAGACUGGAGAACAAUCCAAAGAGAAGAGCCAAAGAAGCAAAAGUAAGAGAUUUCUAUGAGAAAAUUUUCCCAGAAAUAAAAAAGCAAAGAGAACAAGCAGAAAGAUUCUCAAGGAUGGGUGCUCGCAGCAGCUGGGGUAUCRUUGCAAGGAGCGAAGCAGAGUUUAAUGAGAUUGUAGACAACCUUAACGAACAGGAAGCUAAUGAAAAACACAUGAGAACCUUGGCUGUUGAUCCUCCACCCAUGUUGGACAAGCAGGAGAGAAAACUGACUUUUAUCAACAGAAAUGGAUUAAUCAGAGACCCGCUUGCACUUCUGAAUGAGAGAAAAUAUCGUAAUAUAUGGACUGAUAAAGAAAAACAGAUAUUUAAAGAAAAAUAUAUCAAUCAUCCUAAGAACUUUGAACUGAUUGCUGCAUAUAUUGAAAAUAAGAGUGUUGCCGACUGCAUACUGUUCUACUACCAAUCCAAAAAGAAAGAAAACUACAAGCAAUUAUCUCGAAAAAAUUCACACAAGCGAAGACGAAGAGAAGUGCAGUUGUCUUCAAAUCGUUUUGCAAGUGCUGGGCGCAAGACAGGAGAAUAUGGCAUAUCUGAUAGCGGGCGUGAACGAGGCUCAGACGGCGAAUAUGAUGGUGAUGAGAUGACAGACUCAGCAGAUGAAAGUGAUCAUGAUGAUCAUGCAUCAAACCAGUCUGCUACUCAAGGCUCUACACACUCCUUACCCUCAUYGUCUACUCGUAAUUCCAAUAGCAUAUCACAUUCUAUGUCAUCUAAUAGACACAGAGAACAUCCUGAGACGUCACGCUGGACAGAGGGAGAAAUGGAAAUAGCCAUGCAAGGUUUACGUGAGAAUGGUCGAGACUGGGCAGCCAUUUCAAGGAUGGUACUGACCAAAACGGACGCACAGUGUAAAAACUUUUACUUUAACUACAAAAAGAAAUUUCAUCUCGAGGCGAUGGUAGCUGAGUUUGAAACAUCCAAGAUGCAACGUGCUCAGAAGGCUGACGAAACCAGUAAAAAUACAAAUACCCACAACUACACAACAGAACAAAAGCCAUCUCCAUCAACUCGACCCAACACACGUCAAAACAGCAAUGGAAACUCCAAAGGGAGCCCAGUUACUAGUGUAGCAGCUAGUGACAAAAGUACAAUUGGAUCAACCGUCACCACUGAAGCUUCUCCCACCACAUCGACCACAAGUAGCGUGCCUGAUAUUCACCCGACCCAGUCACAUGUCUCUACCACAGUCCACUCAACUCCUCAUAUCGUACAGACGAGCUCUACGCCAGGUCUUUUGGUUACUGUGUCGCAUCCUACCACACAAGGCAGAAUUUCACCUAAGCCUUUAAGAGAAAUUAUUAUUACUACAUCAGUGCAGCAAGUCUCUUCUACCCCACCCUCCAGCGUAGCUAGCAUUACCGUGCUACCAAAGAUCUCACCUUCUUCAAGUUACCAGCAUGUAACAACACCAGUUCAUUUGCCAGUCUCCCAUCCAGGAAUACUGUAUCCGCAGGGGUCUAUAGUGCAGGGACCAGCUCCUGGUCCUCGUGUAGUCUAUCAUGAUGCUACAAGACAAACCCUUCCUUUCAACUCUGAACCUCAAGUUUUGACACAAGCUACGAAAAGACCCUCACCGUUUGGUGUGCAUCAUAGUGUGGAUCAGGCGAAUAGAUCUUCAGUUUCUCCGUCAGGUAAAGCAGACUCUACUCCAGAUGAUGGUCGCAAGAAUCAAAGUUCUCUUCUACCAGGCAGCAGUAGUAUGUCAACAUCUCACAGUGAUAGUAGCUCAUGUCCUGAAAUAGUGAUCAUCGAUACGCAGCCAUCGCAGCCCAACARGAAACAGACCCCAGGACAAAGUAGCAGAACCCCAGAAUCUUGCACUACGUCUGUCAUUCAUGCUAGAGCGCAGUCACCAGGAUACACUCAAACAUCUGUGAUCACARAUAACAAGACAUCGCAAGCAGCAAGAAGCAGUGCUCCCCAACGUGUCCCACCAACAAGUAUAAGUACCAUAUAUCAUGGUCGUCCCGACGCUGCUCCACCCGGACCUACCAGUAGUGACGGCAACCUUAAACCACCACCACCACUUAUACAGGUUGCUUCCUCGCCAUCUGUUCUUCGUCCUUCCAAAUCGCCUGGUCAGGAGGUUAUUCAGCCAGGAAUCCCUAAACCAAGGCCUGUAAUGCCCAAAGAGACAGAGGGGUGCUUCAAGAACAGUCCAGCCCCUUUGAUGGUUGACCUGACAAGAGACAGUCGUAAUUCUGCUUCCGUCGAAGGCUUCCCUUCUAAUCGACCACCAGACUCUGCCCGUGCUGUACUCAAAGCAAUGGCAAAAAUUCACACUGAAGAGGAAGCUGUAAAGAGGGGUGAGACGAGGAAAAAAGAAGAGACUGUUAUACCUCCGAAACCACCAGAUACGAAGCUGACAGACCAUGAACAGCAGGAGGCUGUGCGAAAAUACAAGAAUUUACCAUCGGUUAUUACAGCACCCAUGGAAUACUCACCUGGUACCUCGGCUAUUCCUUCUUCGUACAUGGGGCAUUUGCAAGCACACCAAGCUCAGGCUAAUGCUCAAGCUCAAGCCCAAGCUCAGGCUGUACAUGGUCAUGUACAUCCUCACGCGCUUGCUGCCAUGAAUCAAGGUGCUCACUAUGGUCAUGCAAUGUACAUUGGUCAUCCCCGCCUUCCUUAUCAUCACCAAGUCAUGCCACUUCCUUUUCAACAACUGGGUUUGCAAGACUUUCCACCAAUGGGAAUGAAUGGCCGUGAAAGCCCUGGGCAUAUGAAAAUGGGYAUGUAUAGACAUAUUCGCCCGGUACAUGCGUAUUCCUACAGUGGCAUGCAAGUCGCACCAAACGUGCAUAGCUAUAGAGCUCCAGAAGAACUAGCACAUCACUCACACAACCAACCAACUGACGAUAAAUUACCUAAUCAAGCUUCCCACCGUGGGCCUUCCACAAGUCGGUCUGCUGAGAUCUCUGAUCAUGACUUGAAUCAUCCAUUCCUAUCUCAAACAUCACCGCAUCUACGUCCUGGUCAUUCAAUAGGACCAGAUGCCCGAGUGAGUGCUCCUUCACCUGGUGAAGCAUCCAAACAUUUGCCAUCCAGUCGGCCUUCAGCAGAACAACCAAAAGUUUACCCGCAAUCCUUUUCACCCUCUGAAAGGCCUUCCUCUAAAUCACCUGCUUACCUUCAAGUUGUUAGGCCGCCAGCCAGACCUCCAUCGCUGCCUGACAUUCGCAACAAGGCAGCUGUUAUACCAGAGUUGUCAUCAGAUGCUAGGUCAAAACUUGUGUUUCCAGAUCCUGUUCGCAUUGAUGUUACUGAGGGAGCACCCAAAAGAGUUCCAUCCAGAACCCCUGAACAAAGAGUCGAUUCCAGACAGGAUUUUAGAACAUUGUUUUCUGAGCCAAGAAGAGAGCACCCAGAUAUGCCUCAUUACCCACAGAAAAAUAGAACAAGCACCGGUUCAGACCCAAGGCACGGCGAUCUUCAUUUAGGUCGCUCUGAUUUGAAGCAAGAUGUUGUGAUUCGACGAGAGGCUAAACCUGAUCAAAAGCAAAGUUUCCCAGGUUUACGAUCUGACGUACGGCAAGACGUAAAUCGUGAAUUGAGGCCCCCUCCAUUUCACGAUCCAAGAACAGAUAUUAGACCUGUGCCAAAAAUAGACCCUAGGACAGGUUCACCUUAUCCAGACCAUAGACAGGACUAUGGCCCAGAAUCAAGCCACAAUCCAUACUUAGUGUCACAAAAGGAGGUUGCUAUCCCUAGGCUUGACGCUACGAGUGUUGUUCAUCAUCACGCCAAGCAGAGUCCACAAACUGAAAGCAAGGUAACCCAAAGUAGACCCGACAUGAUGGGUCUGAUAAGAGUCGACCCUCAUGCCUCUAGACAAGACACUUUACAAGCAGUGGGCCGAGAUAGUAGACAAGUACCUAACGUAGAUCUUACUCGUGGAGAAUAUGUACGCGAUGGAAGGAUUAUUCUCUCUUAUCCGGAGUCGUCAGUUGUUUACAGUACUGCACAAUCAAGAUCCGUUAUGAGACCAGAGACUGUCCCAACCACAAUCAUAUCCCAGUUAAGACCGGAGUUCACCAGGACAACUUACGACCCGAGGCACGAUAUGCAAAAUGAAACUAGAGAUGUUCGGUUUCCAGUCCACUCAAGACCAUACGGUCACCACGAAGUUAAAAUAGAACGAAAGCAAGAACAGCCCCUCCACGAUGGAAGGCAAGAUCUGAUUCCCGAGAGAAGAAAAGAAGUUAUCGCAGAAACGAUUCCGCCGUCAGUGUAUCACGUUAUACACAAUGAACCCAUGCAAGAUAAGGAAACAGCCGAUAGAACUGUGAUAGAGAGAGGAGAGCGGCUUGUGUCUGACAACACUCGAUCGAUCAUGAAAGGACAAAGCGGUCAAAAUGCAAAAGCUAGAAAGAGUACACAGGAAGAUUUGUUGUCAAACCUGGCCACUUUAGUUGAUGUGGCAGCAUUAGCUCGGCCUGUGGAGCUGACUCCACUGGAGAAAAGAGAACGCGAAAAUUCCCGAAAAGAUUCCGAUUCAUCUAAGGAUUCAAAAUCCCCUUCAGAAACUGAAGAAAAACAUUUUCGUACAGAGGUUACCACUAGUCAAGAAACAGCACCUCGAUAUGGUAUUGGUUCAGGAUUGGUUCCCAAACCACCCCCACUAACCCCCAUAACAGGAAAGAGGGUAAAUCAAGACUUGACAGCUAAUACUACAUCGAGUUCUGCUACUACAACUUGUGUGGUCGUAACAGCUGAUGCUAAAAGUCCAGCCAGGCUAGCGUCACCGCAAAGUCUACAUACUUUUCAAUCAGCCAUGAGUCCUGAGAAGCCCCCUCCAUUAAUACCUCGAAUGUCUACCAGCCCUGCAGUCACAAUUAGUCCAACUACACAAUCCCCGAGACAAGGUGGACCACCACCUUUGAUUUCUCGACCUUGUUCAUCUCCUGGAGUACAAGCUCCAAAACCAAGUAGUGCUACAUCGGAAGAGCGUCAAGGAGGCCAAAGCAGGUGUGAAGAAAGGGUAUCGCUUGAUCACGGUCAGCAUCCAUUUGUCAGGAAUAUAUUCGAAACGGUGACUUACCUACCUCCACCUAACGUCUUGGAAGCACAAAGAGGGAAUGUCAUCUCACAACCAACCAUUUUACAGCAUACUAGUACUCCGCCACAAGCACGCGGAGCGGGCAACCAGAAUCCUGUCAGUAGUAUAUCAAGAGUAGUUGUGCCUCCCGGAAGUAGACAAUUUCAACAGGGAAGUGGCUUCAGCACCCCUUCUGGACUGUUUGCUGAUUACUUUCUAGAAGCUUCGAGAAGAGAGCGAGACGUCCUUGGAAUGCCGAGAUAUCAACAACCAAUUAGGUUAACAGCGGAGACUUCACAACCACAGCCAUCCCGUGCCAAGCCCGAUGAUGAGAAAGUGGGUGUUAGGGGCGAGGGAAGUGUAGCAAGACCCACACCUUCGAAGUCACCCAGAGGACCACAAAUAGAUGACUCAGACUUUCCGAUCGUCAAAUCUGAAAAUCAGAUGAAGGGGUACCCKGGUGCAGGUGUUGUACAUGGAGAGGCAUAUCGUCAGGUAUCACUAGGGGCUGCUCCGAGUUCAACAGCUUCAGAGAAACCAGUUACUGAGGUUAGCGUCAUAAGAGAGCCUGAAACCAAUCUUUACCCUUCUAGUGAUGCUCACCGAGCGUUCAAAGGAAAAGUUGAUCAACCGCAAAGAUUUCAGGAAUUUGAGCGCAUGAGAGGAACAUUUCUUGAACCCUGGCUCGAUCAUGAAGCAAGUGAUAGCGAUACGUUAUCAGCCGAAGAGACUGAAAAUGUCCACGAAAGUGGCGAUGAAUUCAUACCAACCUCUUCGAUCUCAAAUAGACAACCAGUGCACGGCUAUGCAGAGAGGCGACCUCAAGACAAUAGAGAAAAGCAGUCGACCUCACAAACUUUUCAUCAUCGUUCUCCAGAUAUUCCACAUGCGCCACACCCAUUACAGUCCUUAUCGAGAACAGCAACUACGAAUAUAAACACGAGAAACAUGUACCCGCAUCCUGUACCCAUUCAACGCAGUUCUGAUAGCAUUUCUAGUUCAGGUGUGAUGUCACCUUCCAUUUCCAGUUUAGUUUCGUCUAUAAGUUCCUCAGAGGUUGUCAGACGGCAGUUACCUGAUGCACAUAGCCAGCAAAGAUCUAGUGAUUCCAAAGAAGCUGUCGCCAAAAUUCCAGACUCUAUUGAUGAUGGGGCCUAUAAUACUGGAGCGGGUACAAAAAUUCUCGGAAGAGAAUACGGAACUGAGGGUCGUGCAGGAACUUCUGAAAUAAUGGACAACAGCCAAGAGCGUGAGCAGGGAGUAAGUACUUCUGGAAACGAAACGAGAGAUAUGUCAAAGACAGUGCCUGAUAGCUCUCAACAUUUUAGUUCCGCGAGUACCAGUGGCUCUGGGUCUCCAAGGAACGAGGAAGAGGCAUCAAUGGAAAUAAAACAAGAAGUUGYUGCUACAGCGGAUUCAAGCGAUGCUUCAAAACAUCCAGCUCAGUCGCACCCUUCUUCAAGUGAUGACACGCAUUUUCCAACAAGGUCUGAAGUUGCUAGCCCCGAUACAGGUGAAGUUGCUUCUGAGCCACAGUCCACAGUGAGUGUCCAAGUUACCCUCUCACAGUCUUCUAAUGUUCUUGACAGAUCUAUUCUAAGCACUUUCUCUAGCCCGUCAUUGAGUCCCCAACCUUCUGAUACCAGUAGCAGCGUCCGUCCCCGACUAUCAAAUUCUUUAGAGAAUGCAAUUGACUCCAGCAGCGUUGUAAGUCCACAGCCAAGUGGAAGCAGAGAGGAAGACGUUAGUCGUGCCAUUCAAUCAAACUCAAGCCUCGAUGAAAACACACACCCCGAGCCAUCUGCAAGCCAGUCCUCGCAGUCACAAGCCUAUGACAUCAGCACCUCUCACCCAAUUCCAUCUUUGUUUCAAAGACUUGAUGGUGGCACGAUUACCACUCCUUCACAGAGCUCAAAUAUUGGUGAACCAGAAUCAUCUGACACCACAAUCCAUUCCAUGAUGCCACAGUCUUCUAGAAGUAAAGAUAGCGGAACCAAAGAGGUACAGCCUGUCGAUAGCAGUAACGAGGUACAAGCUUCUUGUAACAGUACAGUUGCCCAAUCAUCUGCUGUCCGUGAAGAACAAAGUCAACUAGAUACGCAGUCUCUGUCAUCGUCUACUGAAACCAGUGCAGCAGUAGAAUCUUCUGAUGCUAGUGAAGUCGAACGUACACAGAAUGAAAGAGAACCAUAUUCAUCGCCGCAGCCUUCUGCGGAAGGUAACGUAGUUGUGCAGUCUUCAGCUACUUGUGAAGCAGAAAGGGCUCAAGGGUUAAGCCAACCAGAUUCAUCGCCGCAGCCAUCAGAUGAAAGCAAUCAAGUUGUCCAAUCGUCUGUUGAUAGAGAAGUUGAAAGAGCUUCCCAACAAMAUCAACCGGAUUCGGUUUCCCGAUCACCCUUUGCUGCGAGUAGUUCAGUCGUGCAAUCCUCUACUGUCAGUGAAGAUGCACUUGUACAGAGUCAACCGGACUCCUUUUCUCCAUUACCAGCUCCUGCAGAAAGCUUGGUCAUACAGUCGUCUAUGGUAAGUGAUAACGUUGGGAUUCAAGAACAGAAUCUACCAGAUUCCAUAUCUCGAUCUUCUUCCACCGAGAACAGAACCGUGGUUGAGUCUUCAACUGGUGAGGGCAUCCAAAAACAACCAGAUUCCCAUUAUUUGAGAGAUGAAGCCAGUCCUGCUGCGGACUCAAGCGAAAACCAAACAAGCCAACAGCCAUCAUCCAGACAGGAACUGGAUGUUGAAGAAGAAAUGGUAAGUGGAGGAGUGUCUGAAGAUGUUGAUCAAGAAUUCAAAAUGAUAUCAAGCUCUGAGGUGUCUCGGUCUUACGCGACAAGUAACGUCCUGAAUAAUGACCAAAACUUGGCUAUUUCUACCACUCGAAGUUCGUCGUUAGAAGAAGGAACUAGCUCCUCGGUGUCUGAUGAACAAAGCGCAGAUGAGGACAACCAAGAAAAGAAUUCUGAGAUCGAUCUACCAGAUGAGGACGAGGAAUCCUCGAUUCCCGAGCCUGAAAUGCUUAUGGAUCUCGGAGAUUCUCUAUUGGGAGUCAACAGGGAAGACAGCAUUGAUGAGCUAUCUGACUUUGAUGAAGGUGAAAAGCACUCAAUGGUUCCAACAUUCGUGGGAGAGUUCAUACCGAAUUCUGGUAACAAUGACUCGGUGUCUUCAACCAACUUACGAACAGACACCAAUGAUCGUGAUAAUGUUUCUGAUACGUUGAAUGAGGCUGAACCGAUGCAAAAUGUCGAAGAGGAAGAAGUGAACACAGAUGGUGUUAUUAAUGCAGAAAGCUCUACACAGACAAGAUCUGAUUUAGUCGAAAGCUCUAACUCGGUAUCCUCGGAAAGACUUACAGAUUCAACAGAAGUAGUAGAUGAUAGUAGGAAUGCCAUUGAUUCUCAAGAGGUCCCUGCUUCAUCGGGUGAAGAGGUCCGUCCACACACGGAUUCUGACCAUGAGGACAUUAAUCCUACAAUGGAAGGUAGCAUAGAUUCUCAAGAAGUCCCUGCUUCAUCGUGUGAAGAAGUCCGUCCUCACACGGAUUCUGACCAUGAGGACAUUAAUCCUACAAUGGAAGGUAGCAUAGAUUCUCAAGAGGUCACUGCUUCAUCGGGUGGAGAAGUUCGUCCACACACGGAUUCUGACCACGAAGACAUUAAUCCUACAAUGCAAGGUAGCAUAUAUUCUCAAGAGGUCCCUGCUUCAUCGAGUGAAGAAGUCCGUCCUCACACGGAUUCUGACCAUGAGGACAUUAAUCCUACGAUGGAAGGUAGCAUAGAUUCUCAAGAGGUCCCUGCUUCAUCGGGUGAAGAAGUCCGUCCUCACACGGAUUCUGACCAUGAGGACAUUAAUCCUACGAUGGAAGGUAGCAUAGAUUCUCAAGAGGUUCCUGCUUCAUCGCGCGAAGAAGUCCAUCGACACACGGAUUCUGACCACGAAGACAUUAAUCCUACAAUGGAAGGUAGCAUAGAUUCACAAUCAGGAGGUACUGUACCCCCUCAAGAGAUCUCACAGAAUCGAGAAAUUGGAAUCGCCGAUACGGUCAGUCAUGUUUGUGAAGAGCCAGUAGUAACUAGUACUAUAGCCAGUAACAUUAGUAAUGUAUCAAGCGAUAGUCUAGCACCAAUAUCAGACGUCAAAAGCGAAACUGCAGAAACACAACCACUAGAAGUGGAAGCUAGUGAAAUUGAUACGGAGAUUCGUCAUGAAAGUGACGACACUGYUGAUGCGCAUUCGCCCGAUCAUGACGAUAUUGAUUUCUACUGGCGAUACCCUGACACUAUCCCUAUAUCUCCGGCAUCUCCUGAAUCGAUAGAUGAAAAAUCUGAAGUAGACAACGUAUCAUCCGUCCCGCUAUGGCAGCCAUUGAGUCAAGGCAACGUUACCACUCAAACAACCAGCUUUACGUUCACGUCGAGCAUCCAAAGUAUUACGACUGCGACGUCUCAUUUUACUUCGCUCUCCUACCCCAGACUACAAACACAACGAAAUACUGUGUUUCCUUUUUCGCCUCUUUCUUUAAAUAUUGGUUCUGCCUCAAGCAGUGCCCGCUCUUCUCCGGUUUCGUACUUAAGCAUUGGACGCUCUCAGUCUCCAUGCCCUCCUGUGUUACCUAGGCAACAGGAGCCAGUACCAAUCCUGUCAGAUAAAUACGAACCCUUAAGCGAUGAUGAGGACGACAAUUUGUGAUGCCUGUAAAAUACUUCAAUCCUAUAGUUUAAUAUUUAUUUAUCUAUCUGUUAGUAGUUCGUUCGCACGAACAUCGUAAAUACUUUUAGUCUUGCUUUACCAUUUACACGAUCCAUAGAAUCGAACGUGGCAGCAAAACUCUUCAUAUUUCGUGUAAAAUACAGUGUUGUUUUUAUGGUUUUCAGUUGUACCAUUUUACAACGUUAAAUUAGCUGCAGUAUCCGCGAGCCUUGUCAUUAUAUUACGCCAAUAUUGAAACCCCCGGGUUUCGUUUAAGGCCAAGACAAACUCAAAAACAGGUGUUGAUCCCAAGUUCUCGUUGAAGGCCCGGACAAACUCAAAAACUGAGUCGCGUGAUGAUGCUGGGAAGGUGUGACAUGAAGGAGCUCUAGGUGAUGUGUUAUGUUAUUAGGCAGCGUGCUUUGGCUCAUCAUCUCGCGACCAGAGAAAAAUUUCACUAUAGAGCAUGCAGUAAACAGAUGUAACCUAGCAAGAGUGUUCAUCUAGGGUAGUAGAGCAAGUAGUUGUAACCUAGCAAGAGCGUUUAUCCAUGGUUUGGGUUUGCAGAGGUAUUCGUUGCCAACUGUGUAUAUAUAAAUAUAAAUAUUCAAGACCAAA